AAGUGUUUUACGUCAUCUGAGCCAGACACAGACUUGUUGCUUAGAACUGUGACUAACUAAAGCAAGAUGAAAACUGUGGUUUUGGUGACAGGAGCCAACAGUGGCAUCGGCCUGGCUCUGUGUGAGCGUCUCCUCUCAGAGGCUGCAGAGGGUCUGCAGCUGUGUCUGGCCUGUAGGAACAUGCAACGCGCCCGGGCUGCUCGACAGUCCCUCCUUGCCUCUCAUCCUUCAGCUCAAGUGGACCUGUUGCAAUUGGACACCAGCAGCAUCUCCUCUGUUAUCAACGCUGCACAGGAAGUCAAACUCAAGUAUGAACGACUGGACUACCUCUACCUGAAUGCAGGCAUCAUGCCGAACCCACAGUUUGAUGUGAAAGCCUUUUUCAGAGGUCUCUUCUCUAGUGGAGUCACAACGAUGUUUGCCACGGGUGGUGGGAUUAUCACUCAGAGGGAUGGAGUCACUCCUGAUGGCCUGCGGGAGGUUUUUGCAACAAACCUGUUUGGUCACUUCCUUCUAGUCAGGGAGCUGGAGCCAGUGCUGUGCCGCGCAGGUCAAACCUCACAGCUCAUUUGGACCUCUAGCAACAACGCUCAUCGCUCAGCUUUUAGCCUGGAGGACCUGCAGCACCAGAAAGGCACUCAGCCAUACAGCUCUUCCAAAUACGCCUCUGACCUGCUAAGUUUGGCUCUCAACAUCCAUCAUAACAAUCAGGGUUUGUACUCGUCUGUCAUUUGUCCUGGUUUUGUGAUGACAAACCUGACCUACAGCAUUCUGCCCACCUUGCCAGCGUUCCUCUGGACCCUGCUGUUGCCCAUCUUUUGGCUCAUAAGAGUGUUCACCAACACAUUCACAUUGACACCUUACAGUGGAGCUGAAGCACUGCUUUGGCUUUUUAAGCAAAGGCCAGAAACCCUGGAUCCAUAUGCUAAAUAUCACAGUCUCACAUCGGGGCUGGGAAACAACUAUACACAGCCGCGUAAGAUGGAUAUCGAUCUGGAAACAGCAGAGUUAGUAUAUGGCAAAUUAUUGGAGCUGGAAAGCCAGAUGAGGAACAAAUUGGAAAAAAAAACCCAACUGAGAUCCAGAAGAGACCUGCAGGACCGGAACAACCUCCAUGUUUGAAGCAAAAUCUAUGAUUGAGAGCAUCACCUCGAUGCUUUUGGCAUUUUAAUUACACCCCAAACUUCAAGUUUAGGGUAUAAUUCAAAAAUAUUAAAGCUCAACUUCCUGGGUUUAAACGUGAACUGGGUCAAACAGAACCUAAUAAAACACAUAAUGUAUUUCUUUGUUUUACAAAAACAAAUAAACAAUGGCUGGUUCAA